GAAAUUUAGUGAUUUUCGUGUCGCAAGUGUGGUGAUUUCUCGCUGUCAAUUGUCAAAUCUCUUCUCGUGUGUCAGUCCAAGAUGGCAGUAGGAAAAAAUAAGGGCCUUUCAAAAGGGGGCAAAAAGGGUGUCAAGAAGAAGAUUGUGGACCCUUUCACCCGCAAAGACUGGUACGAUGUGAAAGCCCCGUCGAUGUUUGCCACCAGACAAGUGGGCAAAACACUUGUGAAUCGUACACAAGGGACAAAAAUCGCGUCGGAGGGCCUCAAGGGCCGAGUCUUUGAAGUGUCUUUGGCCGAUUUGCAGAACGAUAAUGACGCUGAGCGCUCCUUCAGGAAGUUCAGACUUAUUGCGGAGGACGUGCAAGGUCGCAACGUCUUGACCAAUUUCCAUGGAAUGGACUUGACCACUGAUAAAUUGCGUUCAAUGGUUAAGAAAUGGCAAACUUUGAUUGAGGCUUCAGCUGAUGUCAAAACCACCGAUGGAUAUUUGUUGAGAGUUUUUUGCAUCGGGUUCACCAAUAAGGACCAAUUGUCGCAACGAAAAACUUGUURCGCCCAACAUACGCAGGUUCGUGGCAUUCGCAAGAAGAUGGUGGAAAUYAUCACCCGGGACAUCACCGGAAGUGACCUCAAGGAAGUCGUCAAUAAACUACUUCCGGAUUCCAUCGCCAAGGAUAUUGAAAAGGCCUGUCAAGGGAUUUACCCCCUUCAUGACGUGUACAUUCGUAAAGUGAAAGUUUUGAAAAAGCCCCGUUUCGAGCUCUCAAAACUCCUAGAAUUGCAUGGAGAUGGGGGUAAGGGAGGCUCAGGCGAACCGGGAGAAGCCGGUGCUAAAGUAGACAGACCUGAGGGCUAUGAACCACCAGUCCAAGAGUCUGUUUAAUUUAAUUGUUUAUAAGAAAAACUUAAAAAAUCAUAAACGUUUUAUUACGUA